UACACACAGUAUCACACAGAAACACACGUCCCACAUUUAAAAAUAUGGUUUUUAUUUACUUUUUUGUUUUCUUACUAGUUCCAUCCAGAGAACUUUGUCCCUGUUUUCUGGAAAAUUGUUUUAUUUUAUUGUAAAGACCUGGACCCCGAAAUAUGUCCUCGUUCCCCAGCUGGCCCAGGGUGACUGCGAGGAUAGACUUGACAUCACAAUAUCCCUUUUCUGAGGAUUCAUGCCCUUGGAGGGUGGGGUAGGAGGAGGGGUAACUCUAGGAGAAGUCAUCACCACUUUGUCCACCAUGGGUGAAGUAUGAAUCAGUAGCCAUGCCAGGCCUCAGCUGGGCCACAUCUGGAGAACUGGGGUGAGGGCACAACAUCGCAAAAUACCUGGCCCUAGCCUGGUCACUCAUCCCUUUUUGGGCAACAAGGAAACUAUCCUGUGGCAUGAGAACACAAUACCUGAGACAAAGGCCAGCAGAAAUAUUUGCCUGCCCCUACCCUUUCUGCCCCAGCUUCCACCUGCACCCCAUCUGCCCGCCCACUAAAGCACAUGUCGCAUGCCAUCUCUCGAACAUCCAGGAUGUCCCAGAGUGGAUGUCCUUCAGGUCUUUCGGCAGACAAAAAUAUCCCUUCAAGUGCUACUCAAGUGAUAGUGAAGACUGCAGGCAACCAGAAAGACUUUAUGGUAGCUGAUGACAUCUCGGUGAGGCAGUUCAAGGAGAUGCUAUUGGCUCACUUCCAAUGCCAAAUGGACCAACUAGUGCUGGUCUUCAUGGGCCGCCUUCUCAAAGACCAUGACACACUGAGCCAGAGGGGCAUCAUGGAUGGCCACACCAUCUACCUGGUCAUCAUGUCCAAGCAUGGCUCCAGAUCUCUAGCCCAUUCCUUCCAGGAUCUGCCAACGAAUGAUCCCUGCCACUGGGACAGAAACACCAAAGGAAACAGCAGCGGGGUGCACCAACCAACUGGUAUGAAUCAAGCUCCAGUAGAAUUGGCCCACUUUGUGGGGCCUGAUGCACCCAAAGUGCAUACCCAGAACUUGGAAGUGAGCCAUCCAGAGCACAAAGCACAGGUGCUGGAGAAUCCUAGCAUCCAGCGGCUUCUGUCCAACAUGGAGUUCAUGCGGCAGUUCAUCUCAGAACAUUUAGACACUCAACAAUUGAUGCAGCAGAACCCAGAAGUUUCCCACCUUCUUGACAAUUCUGAGAUCCUAUGGCAGACUCUGGAGUUGGCCAGGAACCUUGCUAUGAUCCAAGAGAUAAUGCAGAUCCAACAACCUUCACAAAACCUUGAGUAUCCACUGAACCCACAGCUGUAUCUGGGCUUAGAGACAAUGCCAGGUGGGAAUAAUGCCCUGGGUCAGAACUGUGCUGACAUUAAUGAUCAAAUGCUGAACAGUAUGCAAGAUCCUUUUGGAGGAAACCCUUUCACAGCUCUCCUGGCAGGACAAGUGCUGGAACAAGUCCAGUCUUCACCUCCACCUUCACCACCAUCCCAGGAAUGACAAGACCAGCCACAGCAUCCUGCAACCCGAGUCAUCUAUAAUAGCUCUGGUGGUUUAUCUUCAAACACCUCAGCCAGUGACACCCCUAACAAGGUCAACCACACUUCCAAGGCCAACACUGCUAUGAUUUCCACCAAAGGCCAGAGCCAUGUCUGUGCCACUCGGCAGCCAGCUGGGAUACCAGCCUUACCUAGCAUAGAGCUUACCCAGCAGCUUCAAGAAGAAUACAAGGAUGCCACUGUUUCUCUAAGUAGCUCCAGACAGAUAUUAGAGGGUGAUCUCCAGCUGUCAGAUGAACAGACCAGCUCCCAGAUCACAGGAGGCAUGAUGCAGUCGCUUAUGAACACCCCCUACCUGGCAGCUCAGAUUAUGUUGUUCAUGAGCAUGCCUCAGCUGAGUGAACAGUGGAGGCAGCAGCUGCCCACAUUCCUGCAGCAGACACAGAUUUCUCAUCUGCUUAUUGCUUUAGCCAACCCUAAAGCAUUCCAAGCAAUAUUGCAGAUUGAGCAGGGCCUCCGGCUGCUGGCCACAGAGGCUCCAGUUCUUCUGCCUUGGGUUGCACCUUACCUAUGGGGCUUGGGUUGGCUUUCUGGCCCCAGCUGCAGCUAUCCUGACACAGUGCUCUGUUCCUGGAAUGUUUCGGAUAUACCCGAGCCUAAGGGACCUGAGUGCUGCCACGAACCUGGAACAGUCCUGUAGAGGCUAUAAUCCCCAGAUGGGGACCCUUCUCACUCUCUGCAAGCUCCUGAGAUUUGUUUUAGCAAACAGAUGGAAUCUCUCCAGGCCCUAGAAGCUGGGAACCACCAUGCCAAUCUACAGGCACUCAUUGCUACUGAAGGGGACAACAAUGCUGCUACCUGCAAGCUCAAGGGAUCCCAGAGAUUCUAACCACCAUGCCUACUUCUUUGCUUGCCACCUGCCUGUUGACCCACCUGACCAUCUCAUUUGCCUUUUCCACCUCUCCUGAUGCUUCCAGCCAAGAGAAGUCCUGGAAUAGGAGUUAUCAACCAGUGUGUCUUGUACUGAAUAAUAGAUCACUGGCCAUGGCUGGAACAUCUGUCAACAAAAUGGCUACACUCACUUGCCCUGAUCUGAGGUUUGGCUUUACUUCUUUUGCAAAAAAAAAAAAAAAAAAAAAAAAAAAAAAAAAAAAAAAAAAAAAAAAAAAAAAAAAAAAAAAAAAGAAAGAAAGAAAAAAAUAACUGUGAUAUUUUUGUGUCACCUACUAUAUAUACAUUAACACAUAAACCACAUGCACGUAUUAAUAUAGAGGUGACAAUAAUGUUUUUAUCUCUAAAACAUGAGCAUUUUGAGUGUGGUAUAUGAAACUUGAGCACAGUAUAUGAAACUGAUUAUUUUGAGCAUGUCACCUCAGACAGGUGUGUGUAUGUACACAAGCUCACGUAGUAAGAAAUUCACAUACAGAGGCGUAUAGAGUCCACAUACAAGUACACACAGCCAGGUGCAAACACGGAUGCAAAUACCUAGAGACACAUAAACAGACCCAUAUGUAGGGAAAACAAUCAUAACAUGCUCAAACAGAAAGGGAAACAUUUUACAUACAUAGGCCUAGAUGUUUAGUCAUGAAGACUGUCUGAAUUUCUCAAACCCAAAUUGUUCAAGUUUGAAAGUGGAACAGAAAUAAUAUGUGGGCCAGACUAGGGUGAAUUCACAUAUCAACCAAGUCCGGAUGAAUAGUUAUCAUCAUUGGAGCCUCUUACUCAUUGACAUUACCACCAUUAUAAGAUGGUGAUGGGUUAUCACUACUUUCUCGUUAGCACACAGAGAUGCAGCUGCUGCCAUCUCCACUAUAUAUCUCAGUCACCACAAAUCCAGCCCUCCAUGGGGCACAGCACCUUCCAAGAAUAUCAUCUCCUUCGGUAUAUCUUAUGUUUGUAGUUUACAUUUUCCGUGGUUGCCCCACUUUUUUCUCUUUCUGCCUCACCUAGAGUAUCCCAGCAUGGCAGGAUAGGCAAUUACUUGUGUUUUAAUUAUUCCAUGAUUAAAUAGUUUAAUACACUCUUACCAGAAUAAUUCAGUGUUGUUUUAGGCAUUGAAAAAAUAGCAGUGAAAAAAAAUAAAGAUCCUUUAUUUAUUGACUUUACUGUCUUUUGUGGAGAUACAAGUUAUGUUAGGUGGUAAGUGCUGUGAAGAAAAAUGAAUCAGAACAAGAUAUUCUACCUAGGGUGAUCAGAGAAGGCUUCUCUGAAAAGGUGACAUUUGAGCAGAAAUCAGAAGUAACUAGGAGAACUGAACAUGCAAUUCACUGGGAGAAGGAUGAUCCACGAGCUGUCUGAAAGUAAAAGCCCCAAGGGAGCAGUAUUCCUGCUGUGUUUUAAGAGUAACAAGAAGGUGAUAUAGCUGAAAUGGAUAAAAAGGAGUGGGGAAUGGGAAGGAAGUCAGA